AUGACGACGCACUUCACCACGACGGCGGCUCGCAGGGAUCAUAAUAGCCGAAGCGCGGUGACGAGGGCGAGCGGAGGGAGGCCAAGGUGUAUCACCCUACGUGGGACGUGUCCGCGGUGCACGUUUUACCUCAACGCUGCAGUCUUUUAACGAAGUGUUGGCAGCGGAAAGUAUCGCCAGUCCUUAAUCCACCGUUUACCAGCGGUACAAUCAGAAUGAGCCUGGAUAAAGCACAGCUAUGUGACUCUUUAUUAACCUGGCUAAAGACGUUUCAGGUGCCCUCAUGCACCAGCAAGCAUGACCUCACAAGUGGAGUGGCCAUUGCGCAUGUUCUACAUAGAAUAGACCCCUCCUGGUUUAAUGAGACAUGGCUGGGCAGGAUCAAAGAGGAGACCGGGGCCAACUGGCGCCUCAAGGUCAGCAACUUGAAGAAGAUUCUUCAGAGCAUGCUGGAGUAUUACCAUGAUGUGCUUGGUCACCAGGUAUCAGAUGAGCACCUGCCAGAUGUCAACCUGAUAGGAGAGGUGGGAGAUGUGACAGAGCUUGGCAAACUGGUGCAGCUGGUGCUGGGCUGUGCUGUCAGCUGUGAAAAGAAGCAAGAGCAAAUCCAGCAGAUAAUGACUCUGGAGGAGUCUGUCCAGCAUGUUGUCAUGACUGCCAUCCAGGAGCUCCUACCCAAAGAGCCGCUCUCAGAACCAGGGAGCCCAGAGACCUAUGGGGACUUUGACUAUCAGUCGAGGAAGUAUUAUUUCCUAAGCGAGGAGGUGGACGUGAAGGAGGACCUUAGCCAGCGCUGUCGAGACCUGGAGCACCAGCUGUCAGUGGUCCUGGAGGAGAAGUCGACCAUACUGGCGGAGACACGCUCCCUGAAGGAGAGGCUGAGUCGCUGUGAUUCGCAGGACGCCACUGCCAUCACUGGCAAGAAGCUGUUGCUCCUCCAGAGCCAGAUGGAGCAGCUGCAGGAGGAGAACUACAGGCUGGAGAACAGCAGAGACGACAUGCGCAUGCGAGCAGACAUCCUGGAAGGCGAGGUCGUCGAACUACAGCACCGUAAUGAGGAGCUGACCAGCCUGGCCCGAGAAGCACAGAAUCUCAAAGACGAGAUGGACAUUCUGCGGCACUCCUCUGACCGAGUAAGCCGGCUCGAAGCGCUGGUGGAAACGUACAAGCGGAAGCUGGAGAACCUGGGAGACUUGCGCAGACAAGUGCGCCUCCUGGAGGAACGCAACACGGUGUACAUGCAGCGCACCUGCGAGCUGGAGGAUGAGCUCCGCAGGGCCAACGUUGUGCGCACUCAGCUGGACACCUACAAGAGACAAGUUCACGAGCUUCACCAAAAGCACUCGACCGAGGCCAUAAAAGCUGAGAAGUGGCAGUUCGAAUAUAGCAACAUUCAUGACAAGUACGACACGCUGCUGAAGGAGAAAGAACGUCUCAUCUCAGAAAGGGACACACUCAGGGAGACCAAUGAUGAGCUGAGAUGUGCACAAGUCCACCAGCACGGUCUGACUGAAGCAGGAAACAUGUAUGACAACUCUGGCACAGUAGGAAGCCUAGCCGCAGAGAUCAUGCCCGCUGAGUUCAAGGAGACAGUCGUACGUCUACAGAGCGAAAACAAGAUGCUGUGUGUCCAGGAGGAGAGCUACAGACAGAAACUAGUAGAGGUACAGGCUCAGCUGGAGAAGGCACAGCGCAGCAAGAAUGCGCUGGAAACACAAAAUAGGUUAAACCAGCAGCAGAUCUCCGAGCUGCGUUCCCAGGUCGAGGAGCUCCAGAAAGCUCUGCAGGAACAGGGCAGCAAGACCGAAGACUCUUCGUUACUGAAGAAAAAGCUGGAGGAACACUUGGAAAAGCUCCACGAGGCACAUUCAGAUCUGCAGAAGAAGAGAGAGGUCAUUGAUGACCUAGAACCCAAAGCAGACAACAACAUGGCAAAGAAGAUAGAUGAACUCCAGGAGAUCCUAAGGAAGAAAGAUGAGGAUAUGAAGCAGAUGGAGGAACGAUACAAGCGCUAUGUUGAGAAGGCGAGGACGGUGGUCAAAACCCUGAACCCCAAGCAGCAGCCUCUGGCUCCUGAUGUUCAGGCCCUUAAAAAUCAACUUACGGAGAGGGAGAGGAAAAUCCAGCACUUGGAGCAUGACUUUGAGAAGAGCAGGGUCAGACAUGACCAGGAGGAGAAACUCAUCAUUAGUGCAUGGUACAACAUGGGAAUGGCCCUACAUCAGAAAGUGACUGGUGAAAGGCUGAGCCAGUCUGGCCAAGCCAUGUCUUUUCUGGCCCAGCAGAGGCAGUCCACCAACGCCAGGAGAGGCCUCACACGACACCAGCCCAGAUAAAGCUCUUACGUUGGGGGACAUCAGCUGGGAGGAUGGUAGGCGGUGGGAGAGGAGACGAUGCGGUGACCUCGAUUAGUACUGAACUUCCAAAAUGUUUGCCUUAAUGCCUCUACUGGAAGCACCCCCCCACCCCUUGAAAUCUUUCUCGUGUCGCUGCUUCCUCCUGCUGGCUCUUCAUAGCAUGACAAGCUUUCUGUGGCGUCCCAGAGGGAAAAACUGUUCUGCUGUCCUGUGCAAUGCUUGCCACAGUCCAGUCACUGGAGAAGAGAUGCUGUACUCCUCCUGUUUUAAUAGAGGUUCCUCAUUAUGAUUUAGUAACUUGUACACAUUUUCUCCGACUUUUGGGUUUGCUCUGUUUUUAGUAUGUUUUUAGUUCUUUUACUUUGUAGAACGGGAAUAUUUUUACCCGGGUUUUGCAAAGGCUUAAGUAAAAUGGAGAAGGAAAAGCAGGCGUUAUGGUGGGCAUUUGUCACCCCCCCCUCCCAACCCUGCAGAAGACCAUUGCCCGUGACUGAUUUUUAUAGUCCAUUUUAUAGUUAUGGUCCAUCCAUAGUUAUCAAUCAGCCAUGAUGUGGACCAUUUUAUAGCCUUAGCGAUGACGUAAGAUGAGCCUCGUGAUUUGGCCAGUGACACUUUGAGAUGUGAGUGGUGAGGGAGAUGUCACGUAGCUACGCAAGAUGACUCGGUACCUCUGUAAUGAAGACUGAAGAGAGAUUCUCGUAUUCGGUCAAUGGCAGAGCUCAGUUUUGUGAAUUUGUUUGGAAUUUUCUUUUAAGCUUUUUUUUUUUUGUUUUGUGUUUUUGUUUUUUGUUCUGUGUUUGACUAAUUUUUUGUGUUGAACUUUAAGAUAUGAAGGAACUUUAUUACAAAAUUGUGUGUGUGUGUGUGUGUGUGUGUGUGUGUGUAGUGGCUUAAACCUUGAUUGUAUAUUUUUGAUUAUGUCAGUCUCACUUAUAACUCUUAAUUUUAAUGAAGAAAAAUGGAUCGGGUUGAACACAACAUACACCAAAGCACUUUUUCCCCCUGAUGGUGGUAUUGCUCAGUGCCUCACAAAAAGACCUCAAAAUAUCCCGUCAGUGUAUAAGAACGACACUUAACCCUCAACAGCAUCCUCUUCACAAAGCUGCAGUCUUGCAUUUAAGUGUGUUGGCUUGAAUCUCCCACCAGUUUCUCAUGAACUGACACUGGGCCAUCCCGACAUGGCAAUAUUUAACAAUGUUUUUGUUUGGUUUUUUUUAGCCAAGUUUUAAUUAGAUAUUGCACUUGCCUUUGACAUUUUUUUAUCUCCUUUCUAAUCCCAUUUUUGACGAUUGAAACAGGACGUUUGCUAGUUGUGUGUAUGACCUAACUUGCACAUUUUUGAUUUUGUGAUUUGAAUGCAAGUAUGAGGUACAGGCCUGUAAUUUGGCCUUCCAAAACGAGUACUAAUUAGCUCGCUUAUACGUGAAAAUUAUUUCCACAAAUGGGUCCCUAAUGACAUAACUUCACAGCAGUGGGAAUCUAGCUAAUGGCGCCAGUUGUUUUGCUGCUGCCGAACCUACAUUCAAAAUCCGACUGAACUGGAAGGAAAUGUAUUCAUGAACUCACUGGAAUUCACUCAAGGGCUUUUUUUUUUAAUAAUAAUAUAUAUAUAUAUAUAUAUAUAUAUAUAUAUAUAUAUAUAUAUAUAUAUAUAUAUAUAUAUAUAUUGAGCCUGAAUAUGCACGAAUACAGCAUUUACCUGAACUCAAUACCUGAUGCAAAUUUUUGGUUAAAUCUGCAAUAUAGACAGCACCUUAUAAAACACUACAUUUGCCACAUUUUACUACCUGCUAACUUUUUAUGUCGACAAAGGUACCACCCUGUAGUAAGUCUCCCAUCUGCUCUAUAUCAGAGCUGUCUGUGACUUGUACUUUACUUCUGUGAAUGUUUGCGUUAUGAUCUACACCGGAAUGAAAACCUACCAUUUGUACACUUUGCUGUUUUGUUUUUUAAGUCUGUGUUUCAUUAUUUGUGCCCAUUAUAUGGUGUUAAUUAAAUGUCCACUACACAUUCGCAUGGCUUGAAAUGGGGUUUUAUUUUUACUAUCCACGUCUACAUGGUUGUGGCAUCAUUGUUGUCUUGUGGAUCAUGGCUUACUUUAUGAAGGGGUUUUAGAACAAGUUAUAGACUUGUAAUCCUGUCUGUUUUUUUGUUUUUUUUCCGUGUCAAAUUAAA